AUGGCCACACACGUGGACGCUUGGCAAGAAGUGGGCGACGAGCACUACAAAUGCAUAAUUUGUCACGAUUUGUUCGAAAUCGACGACGACGAGGGAAUGACGAAGCACGAGCAGACGGAGAAGCACAAAAAAGUUGGAAAACGCGUGUGUUGUUUCGAAAAAAUGCUCACCUCAAAAAUUGCAGAAAUACAAUGGAAUCUUCCAGUGGAUCAAAGAGAUGAAGAAUCGAAAAAGUGCGGAAACGAAGGAGAACUCGCUGCUCUACGAUCGAUAUUUGUUGUCGCAGCAGCCGAUUUUGGGUUGGUUUUUUUUUCGAGAUUCGAGCUUUUCAGAUUGUCUCGCUGACGCAAUGCGGCCGAGAGCUGGCUGGUUAGGCCACUUUGAGCACAGUUAGUUGCGUUGCUUUACACAUUUUGCUAUUAAUUAAUCCUUGGAAAAAUUACUCUGGUUUGAAAAAAAACGCAUUUUUUUGGAAAAUGAAGCUUCGGAAUCCUUGGGAACAAUCACGAAUUUGUGGAAAAACAGCUCGUGAAAAAAGUUUCAUUUAGUUUGAAUAAUCAAUAAUUUCACCGUUAAAAGUUUCUUCACUAACUUGCCAGAUCUCGGCGCCCUGCGGCUGUGCUGUGCUUCAAACGCGACUCUCGCCCACCUCUGCUCUUCGAUUUUUUCCAAAAAAAUCUGUUCAGGCCUCGAAAAAAUCUACGAGAUCAAGCAAUUCGGACUCACGGACGAUUCGGCUCAUUUCUGGGUGUGCGGCACUUGUUUCACGGCCGGAAACACGUUGAAUUCGGCAGACGCGCACCUCAACUCGAUUCAUCACAUUAUGAAAUAUAUUGUACGAUUUAUGAUAAUUUGAGACGGUCUCCAGAGCUCACAGUAGCGGCGUCGCCUCCGCCACAACUUUUUUCUCGGAUUUUUGUGGCGAAGAAAAACGAUGACAUGAAAACAUGACAUUUUCAGACAAAACAAGCAUUUCGAGCGCUCGAACAUCACAAAUUACCGAAAAACCAUUAGGAUUCAUGCAUUUUGACGCUCUUGCGCUUAAAAAAAUCCUUUUGCCCUAUACAAUAGUUCUUUCGAGCUAAUUCCACCGCCAAACGUCGCCUAUUGUAAGCUCUGGAAGACUGUGAAAUUUAAACGCGUUUAGGACGAUGAAAAGCCGGAAAUUGCGGAGCAAAUCAAGGCGAAAGCGUGUGAUUAUGUGCAAAAAUACGAUAUCUAUCGGGCGGAAGUGGCGGAAUUGAGCCGAAAAAGCGUACUUUCGCGGCCGGUCGUACUCAAUUUGGCGAUGAGCACCGAGAAUGGAAAUGCGAAAUUUUCGCUGGAGAAAGACGAUAAAACUGUGAUUUUUAUACCGCUUCCGACGGACGGAAAUAAGAGCAUUUUGCACUGUCAGGUUCGUGGAUUCUUCGACUUGGUGCGUCAUAUAUUUUCAGUGCGAACAAUUUGCAGAUCUGCACAGAAUCGCUUCCGAUACACACGAGCGGAAAGUUCACGAACGAGAAAGCGCGUUUCGCGCACUGCGAGAGCAAAAAUCAUCAGAUUUAUGCGAAAAUUCAGUCGUGCGUCAAAGAAUGUUCGUUUCGUUUCGCUUUUUUUGUUGUUGUUGUUGUUGUUGUUUCAGUUACGCCUUUUUCGGUUGGUUGACUUUUGAGAAUUUCAGUGGAACCGCAAGAGGUGUGGGACCAGUACCAAUCGACGGAAAGCCAACAAAAUCUGCACUGGCGGCAGAAAGACGACGGAAAAUGGAGGCUGAGCCAGCCGGUCGGACUAAGAUACGCGGUGAUUGCGGGCGUGGACACCUACUGCAAACUGUGCUGUUGUCUACUCGAAACCGACGUUUUGGAGCAUUUCAGCUCCGAAUAUCACGCGAUGAAGUACUUGGUGAGGCGUGGACUUUUGGCCCGCUUGCAGCUUUGCAGACUUCUUGGGAUUCGAUUGAAGUAUCUCGGAUCAUCCGGUUCCGAGAUAUAAACUAGUAUAUCUCGGGACCAGAUGAUCCGAUCGGAGCGAUACAAACGGGCCCAUUUUUCAUUCAGACAUCGAGCGAGCCGGACAAAUCCUACCAGAUCCAUCAGUUGCGCGGUUCGGCUCGACGUUCGGCCGCCGCCACUUGUCUCCACAACACUCUCCACUUUGAAAACGACACGAAACACUUUGUCAAAUCGAUUCGCGGCUUUCCGGAACACGUGAAGCGGCUAAUGUACGAGGAGAAACUGCUGAUUUACGCGGACUCCGACGAACGAAUCGUUUCGGAUUUUGUGGAGAGCACCGGAAAAAUUCACGUGUUUUGCGAGGUUCGUACCCGUUUUUUUGCGAUUUUUCCAUCCUGUUUUUGGUUUUUUUGCAGUCCUGCCAAGAUUAUGUGGAAUUCGACGCGAAAUCCGUUGAGACGGAGGAGAAAAAGGACGAAAUGUGGAGGAUUCAUACGAAAAGUGCGCGGCACUUUGAACUCGGCGCCCUCUUCGUUCGCACCGUUUUUGGUUAGAAAUCUUUGAUCCACUUGCAAUGAUCCGAUAGGGACCGAAAUUUGCGAGCUUCUUGGAAUUGGAUUGAAGUAUAUUGGGGCCACGUUUCAGACCCAACGGAUCAUUCGGUCCCGAGAUAUACAGUGGUUUCAAACAAGCAUAUAUCUCGGGACCGGAUGAUCCGAUCGGCCUGAAACUUGGACCCAAAAUACGUGCAAAGUUUGGUCCCGAUGCGAUCAUUGGGAAGGGGUCCAGAAGUUAGCUGGAGAGAAACGAAUUUUUGAAUAUGUUCGUGUUCAGAUCCGUCGUACUUUGUGCCGUAUCCGCAGACGAUCACGAGCCGGGCAAUCACCGAACGAAAGGGAAUUUGGACUUGUGAUAAGGUCAGCGACCGUAGAGUAUUCCUGAAAAAUUGAAAUUCAGCAACUUUUGUUUAUCUUCACUUUUAUUGAAAACACAAGAGUUGUACACCUCUGAGCAUUGCUAUUGUUUCCAGAACGAGCUGGUGCAAACGCAAUGCGACGUCGGCCUGGAGUGUAUGGUGGAGAACGAGGACGACGGCGAGGUCUAUUGUCUGUGUUGUCUGAAAUUGUUCAAAAACAAUCCGGCGAUCAUCAAUCGGCACAUUCGAACGGUCGACCAUUUGAGGAGAUAUAUGGUGGGCGCUCGGUCCUUUUUCCCCCAUCUUUUAUCGAUUUUUUUCAGCUCAACCAACACCCCAACUCGCCGCAAUCGAAAUUUCUGCUCGGACCGGCCACAGACACGCAAAAACGCGAAAAAAUGCUGGAAUUCUUGGCACAGUGCAUUUUUCCGAAACAGAUGGCGGUACACAGUUGAAUUUUAUCGAUAUUCCACUAAAAUCAUCAUUGAAAUAGGUGUACUCGAAGCAAAAAACGAUGGAAAUGGCGCAGUGGGAACGGGCGAGCGAACGCGACCUUCAGACGGUCAAAGCGAUGAACUCGGGCAUUUCCAGAGAUGUGUGCGACACGGUGGCCGAUGUUAUCGAUCGAAUUGUCGAGGAAAUUGAGCCGGAUGGUAGGGGAACAACUCCUUUUUCGAAUGAAUCGUCCAAACGAUUGCAGACGGUCCGCCGAAAGUGCACUUUGCGAAUGUGGCCCUCAAACAGUGCGGACUGACUAUUAUCCGAACGAUGAGGGGCGACGAGAACCGCACGAGUCAACUCAUUUGCAGAUGCACUGUACGCACCCCUUUUUCCCCACACAUAUUUCUAUUCAAUUCUUCUCUCUCGGGUUUUCAGUGCGAAAAACUGAUUGUCGCCAACGUGGCCACGUGGAUUCGCGACGUAUUCGACGGCCACUUGUUGCGCGAAGAACACAAUCGACGUCGGAACUCGCUGGCGCUCAACGUCUUCUAUCCGUCGGGCAUUCUCGACGAGACGUCGACGCACACGGUGAAGCCCGUCAAAGUGUUUGCGGCGGAGCCGGGAAAAGAGGGAAAAAUGAUGACGUGGCAGUGGAACAACACGACGAAACAGCACGAAUACGUGGCGAACGUCGUCGGACUCGACGAUCUCGUCGAGCGACGUCAAGUGUGCGGCGACGGAAUCGUCCGAGCCGAUUAUUAUUGCGAAAUUUGCGCCGCCGAAUUUACGAAGCAGUCGCACGCCUUGGAAUCGCACGUUCGAUCGUUGGAGCACUGUGUCAAUUGGGUGGUUCGUUUCGAGACCCGUCUUGCAAUUAUCCGAUGGCACUGAAACUUUGCAGGCUUUUCAGGCUUUGGUUGAAGUAUGCUGGGUCCAAAUUUCAGACCGAUCCGAUCACUUAGUCCCGAGAUUUAUCGAUUUUAAAAAGACAGAAUUUUUGCGAAAAACUUGGUCUUGUCGAAAAUCAAUGCAUCUCGAGACUCGAUGAUCCGAUCGGGCUCAAACUUUGCAGGCUUCUUGGACUUGGAUUGAAGUAUGUUGGGUCCAAAUUUCAGACCGAUCCGAUCACUUGGUCCCGAGAUUUAUCGAUUUUAGAAAAGACCUGAACCUUGGACCCAAAGUACUUCAACCAAAGCCUGAAAAGCUUUGGUCCCAUCGAAAAAUUGCAAAGAGGUCAGACAUGAUAAGCCUAAAAAUCCUUUUUCUAGCACAAAUACCGGCCCGGCGUGAUUGCGGAGCUCCUCCAACACAUUUCGGAGGCCGAGAAGAAUGGGGCGCACAAAAAAACGGUGCGAAAAUGUCUGGGAGCAAUUCUGAAAGACGUGCACCCGUCCACCGAGUACUGUAUCCGUGUGUUCGAUCCGAUCGGAAAGGCGGAGAGCAUCGAGGAGGCGAAAAUCAAGAAUAUACAGAUUCAGGAGAAGCAGAGGCGCGAAAUUGAGAAGAAGGAGCGGGAGGAAGCGGGUACGUAACUGAUAAAAUGGGCCGGCGGAACCAUUUGCAAUAUUCUGAUCGGGCCCUAACUUUGCAGGCUCCUUGGACUUGGACUGGAGUAUGUUGGGACCAAGUUUCAGCCUGAUCGGAUUAUCUACUGUCGAGAUGUACUUGAGGGCCGAUGCUGGCCGAAAAGCCCGGCCUCAAGCCAGUAUAUCUCGGGACCAGAUGAUCGGAUCCGUCUGAAACUUAGACCCAACAUACUUCAAUCCAAGUACAAAAAGCCUGCAAAGUUGGGCGCCGAUCGGAUCAUUGCAAGUGGUUCAAAAGUACAGGACAAGGGCCGGUCAAACGUCUAGCCCUGAAAAAUGCUCAUUUUUCCGCCCGUAAAAAAUGUAUUUGAAGAACGCUCGAAACAAAAGGAGGCGGCCCGGGAACGGCAACGAAAAGAGGACGAAGAACGGCUGGCGGUGCUGCAGAAAAAGCAGGAAUCGGCGAGGAAGGCGGCCGACGAGGAGUGCCUCAAAGAGAUGGAGAAGGCGGCGAGACGAAGGCUCGCCGAGGAAAACGUGGCGAAAAUGAAGAGGGACGAGAAGAAACUGAACGAUUUGGAGCUGCAGAGCCGCCUGAAUCACGCCUCGAUGCUCGAGCGACAGGUUCGCAAUUUGUUUCAACUUUUCGCACAACGUUCCCGUUCAGAACCAAUCGCGACACUUAUUCGAGGCGAAACAGGCGGAAUCGAUGCGAACCGACGCGCAACGGUCGCGUCUGAUGGAGGAAAAGCAGCGGUUGAUGGCGAAGAUCAAGGGGAAAAUGGUGCACGAGCCGCAGUUGGUCGUCCUUCCGCAACUCAAGUCGCAGCCGCCGGUUCCGUCGGCGCCGCCCGCAUUUAGAGGCCCUGGGACGAACGUGCUCGGCUACGGAUUCGAGCAGCAGAUGGGCAUGCAGCAGCUGCAACAGGUGACGACACCCUUUUUUCGCUCGUUUUCCGAUAGAAAGUGAAGGUUUUUGCGGUGAUGUUUUUCACCGUUCUCUACGUAUUUUUCACUAUUUUCUGCCGUUUUUUUCUACGUUUUUUUCCACGCCGCCGCGCGUUCUUCGGGCGAUUUUUGAAGGAAAAUGCUAACAUUUGAAAACAGAAAUGCGUUUACCGUAACGAGACUGUUUAUUUAACCUUUUGCCGCCGGGUGUCGAUUUGACCUUUAUCUCGGGCGAGCAGAAAGGCGCCAGUUUUUCUGUUUUCUUCUUUUUUUGGUCAAUAUCAACAGCGUUUGCGCGCUUUCGAACAAAUAAAGUCCGUCUCUUCGUUUUUGCGUCAAAAAUUGCAAGCAUGUCCCUUUAAAGUACGGUAAUCGUAUUUUAAAGCGCGUUUUUGUCGGUUUCUUGAGGAGAAUUAAUUUGUUUUCUACGUGUUUCGGUUGAACAAUUCGGAGUUUUUCCGUUUUUCAACGAAAAACAAUGAAUUUGUUACAUGCAACGAUUGCAGUGCCUUUAAACUACGGUAACCGUACUUCAAAGGCGCAUAUCAAAUUUUAGCCGACACAAAAUUCACAUUUUCCGCUACAAUCUACGCUUCAAAUCAAAGAAUGCGCGAUUUUACACUUUAUUUGCGAUUAUUCAUUCAUCGUUCCUCGAAUUUAACACUUUUUUCAGCCACCGCCACAAUAUCCGUACGCGCCGCCGCCGAAUUGGCCACCGAAUCCGUACAUUGGAGUGCCGCCCCCAGACACCCCGGCCGCCAUGAAAAGGUAUUUUUUGGAGAGGUUUCUAUACAAAAAUCUACAAAAAAUCUGAUUAAGACCAUCGUUGAGAGGCGCGAAAAUCGACCGGAAUAUUCACGAUACUCGAUUGAUUAGCAGCAAAAAGGAUUUGCUCGAUUACAGUAAGAAUGCAGGCCACGCCCCCGUUUUUUACAGAUUUUUCUGCUCUCGGAACGAUGGAUUUAUCAAUUUCCCGCUUCCAUAUCGAUUUUUCCAGAAAAAUGAAAUAAUUCAUUGAUAAUCAUUGCUUUGCCCCCAUAUUUUCAAAAAAAAAAAACACAUUUUCAUAGCGCAUGGCUAAGCAAACGCGCUCCCCUGGACUCGACACUGUUUUUUCGUCAUUUUUGCUGAAAUUCCAUCAAAAAAUGCAUUUGGCGACGAAAAUGAAAAAAAAACAGUACAGUGGAGCGCGUUUGCUUAGCUGAUUAGCAAUAACAAUUUAAUUUUUUCUUUUCCAGUGCGUCAAAUCGGUGCGAAAACGAUCGAAGAGCCGGAAAUACCGCGCGAUUUUAGCCGUCUCAUUCACGCCGACGAAGAGACGUUCGGACUGGAUUACGUGGCAGAGGUGGGCAGUCAGACGUUUCGCAACCGGCAAAUUCCUUGGUUUCAGGUAGUGUGCCUGGACGAUCCGCAACUCGACUCGUACCUGUGCACAGUUUGCGAUGCGUGGGCGGCGCCCAACGGAAUGCUCGAACAUUUGAGACGGUCCGAGCACAAAUCGACGUAUCUUGUAGGCGCAGAAAUUGAUGGGAACGUACACAAAAACAUUGAUAUUGUAGAUGCACAAAAAGCCGUUCGAAUACAAGCACUUGGACUCGGAGCGCGAUCGAGUCGUACGCAAAAACAUGUUCAAACAGUUUAUCGCCGAAUAUAAGGUUCAGCUUUUCACACGAAUUCUCACGAAAAGUUGAUUUCAAGUGCGAUUUUUCGCGUUUUCUCAAUGAAACCAGAAGUGUUUGAUGUGACGAACUAGCCAUGGAUUGAUUCAUUGAAAAGUCUCGAGAAAUCUCGCAAUUGCAAUCCAUUUUUCGCGCCAUUUUUCCAGCUGGAAAUGUAAUUUUUCAUCAAAAAUGUCUAGGCGAAAGAGAAGGAUCCGGUGAUCAAGUUGCGCAUGAAAACGUACGUUGACAAGGCGACGAUCGAGCGGCUCUGGCCCGGAUACGAAGACUAUUUCCAUCCGAGACGGGCGGCGGGCAACUGGUCGACGACCGGAUUCCGACAGGUUUCCGGUCCCGACGGCGUCGAACUGCCCAAAGUGGUGCCGGUGAUCAGUCUGAUCGACGAUGACGACGAUGACGACGACGACGACGACGAUGAAGAUGAGAGGAGGCGCAAGGGUCGGAAGGGGCGCAGGGACAGGCGCCGCAGUCGAAGGUAAAACGCCAUAGAAAUCUGUCAUUUUGCAUUUCUUUUCAACAACAAACAACCCCGUUUGCAGCCGAAACCGUUCGCGUCGUUCCCGAUCCAGAUCCAGAUCCCGAUCCCGUGACUACCGUCGUCGAUCGCGGAACCGCCGUUCCCGUUCCCGCUCGAGAUCGCGCAAUCGACGGGACCGUCGAAGAAGCCGAAGCAGAUCCCGAAGCGCGGAGCCGAGAAAUCGAUCGCACUCCGAACAGACUUCGCACUUCCUCACGAAACUCGAACAGAGCCAUCCGCCGGCGGGCGUGGCGAAACACGCGAAACACGACACUGACAGUCCGUCGGAUUUUCUGGCCAAACUGACGACCGUUCAGAAUCUGACGGCGAGCGGAGCGAUUCAGGCGACACGGCUCGACUUUGAGCACCACACUCGGAUGGGCUAUCCGACGGCGGCGCCCGUGAGCACGGGCGCCGCUUCGACUGCUGCCGCGCCGGCGAACGAUUGGAGAACGGCCAGGCAGAAAGCGGAAGAGGGCCAGGUGGGGCUUAUCAAUUAAAACUUUAAAAAUCCGCACUUUUCAUAUGAGUGCCUUUCGACCACAUGAGUUUGAGGCCGAGAAAACAGUGCAGAGCUCAAACCUCAGCCCGUAAAUCGCGAAAUAAUUCCAAUAUUUGAGGCAAGAGAACGAAAAGUGAUCGCCGCACUGGUGCUGCUCAACGCGAAAGUGAAGGAGGAUGGCAAUGUGCAGGAGGAGGAAGUGAUGCGGAUCUACGAGAGUGUCGGGCUGGACCCCGCCUCUGCCGACGAUCUCAUCAAUGAGACACUCGAAAAGCUGCCCAGUCAACAGGUAAGAAAACGGUGCUUUCGGCGCUCGGAUCCACACACGCGGUGACGAAUUUUCACACAAUUAUGCGCAGUUCCAGACGAACAACGCGGCGAUGAACAGUUUUCGCGAAUCGCUCAUAUCGCUCGGGAUCCGUCUCAACUCGAGGGCGCAAAGAAAUCAGCAAUAUCCGCAAGGUAUCCGACAAAACAAAAUGCCUCAUCGCGUAAUGUUUCAACGAAAUUUUCAGCAACGGCGCAAGCGUACGGAAUACCGCCCCAACAAGUGGUGCAUCCACAACACCAACAACAACAGUACGGAAUCAGUUCCUCGUCGGCCGUCUCCUCCUACGCGCAGGCAUUCCACCACCAACCGGCGGGACCGUCCCUGGUCAAAGGACCACCGCCGACUCAGAGUCAGAAUCAGAAUUUCUAUGCCGAAAGUUCGGGCGCGCCUUCGGCGUCACCGAAACGGGGACGGGGCGGCGAUCCGCCGCCGGAUUCGUCGUCGGAUUCGUCGGACGAGGAGGACUAUAACGAGGUGCUGAGCAUAGUGGGAAUCAAGAAGAAGAAGGCAGAGGGAGAGGCGGAGAAACCGAUGAUACCCGGACAGAAGAUGGCGCUCAAACGGACCAUUCUCCCGAAUGGCGCACGUGUUGGCGGAGAAGGGCAACAGGUUUGGCGGCGAUCUUAAAACACUCUUUACAAAUUCAUAUCUGACACUGCAGAAAAGUGUGUACGUGGAAUUGCAGGCGACUCCUCUGACCGCAUCGCCGGCCGUCUCGGACACUUCCGCCUCCCUGCCGCUCCCUCCUCCACAGCCAUCGACGGCGGCGCCGUCAGUUGCUGCGCCGGAGACGUCGUUCGGAAUGCCGCCGCCAGUGGCAGUCAACCAAAUGCAUCCGAUCGGACACCAACACCAACUGCCACUACAAUAUCAGCAGUAUCCGCCGGCGCCCUACCCUACCCACACACAAACGACGACGACGACGACGGUCCCGUCCGCCUAUCAACAACAUUUUGCCACGCCGCACUAUCCGCAGGUAACGAGGAAAACGAGCGCGCUUUUUAGACGUUUCUAACUUUUCCCCCACUCUUUCCAGGCCUACCACCAACCACAGGCACCGCCGCAACUGCCAGUUCACAUUGCGGCGCCGCCUCCGCAAAUGCAUUACGGUAUCCAGCAGCAGGGAUGGCAUCAGACACCACCACAACAACCCAUUCAACUUCAACAGGUUUGACUUGAUACGCCAAACCAAAAGUGUUGCGAAAGGCGCAGUUUUGGUUCCAAAAAAAUCAGCGUUUAGCCGAAUUCGCCCUCUAUUUUCAGCAGCCAAUUUACCAAGGAUUUCAAUACGCGCCGCCUCGAACGAUUCCUCCGCCGAAUCCGUCGACGCAAUUGUACGCACCUCUGCCGACGACGACGACGACGACGACGCAAUCGAGCGGAUCCGCCGCGCAGUACGGAAUCGGAGGCACCGAGCAACAAUUCUUUUAUCCGGGACGCUAA